UUCGGACCGUUGUCUGCUUGAGGUUAGCAACACUUUCGUAAGCAUAGCAUCCAUGGAAACCGUAGAUAACGGAUAACAAGUAUAAAUGGAGUCUACCAACGAUACAAAUGAGAAUGCUGCAGAAAACAAGGAGAAACAAUCCGGUUCUCCGGAAAAAAUCCCAUACAAACUUUUCGGGAAGAAGAUUUUCAAGACAAGUGGUCGCCUUGUUGCUUCGACCCAGCUUCUUCAGAAUCCAGUGCCAACCCAGGACUGCGACAUUAUCCUGUCCUUCCCACGUGACACUGACACUGCCACACUCAUGUGGCUCCUUGACAGACUCCGGUCAAGGUCACCAGAGGUCAUAGUUCAUGUACGCCACCACAGCAACACAAAAGAAGCUGUGUUCCAUCUUACUGCUACAUAUGAAAGCUUACUGCGGGGAGCUGAGGAUGUGAGUGUGUGUAAGCCACUUAAAGAGGACUAUGGAGGGGGUAUGAAAGAAUUCACUUUUGAGGACCAAGACUGCUUUGCUGGUGUAGAGAAUGAAGAAGAGUUCUUUACAACUCAGGAACGCCAAAGUAUCAUCCACUACAUGCUCAACAACCUCCGGGCUGUCAAAGGGGAACAACUGGGCAAGGUGAAGUUCCUGGAGGGCCAACCAAUAGUUCCACUUCUACAGUCCAAAGGUAUCGUGUCUCAGGUGUUUCCACUCCAUAACCAGGAUACACUGCUGGAAAUGAGGAAAUGCUGGGUACAGGGAUUCCUCAGGAGACAACCACUUGAUAAGAUUCGGGACUACUUUGGUGUGAAGAUUGCUAUGUAUUUUGCCUAUCUCGGUCAUUACACACUUGCUCUAUGUAUCCCAGCAUUCCUGGGGGCAUUCAUAUGGCUGUUUCAAGGACAGGAUGAGACUGUGGAUGAUCAGUGGUUUGUUGCAUUUGCUCUGUUCAAUGCAUUCUGGGCCACACUGUACCUGGAGCACUGGAAGCGGCGUAGUUCUGAGCUGGCAUAUGAAUGGGGUACCCUGGACAAGAAAGAUGAACUUUUAGAUGAUCCUCGUCCACUUUUCUCAGGAAGUUUACGAGAGAGUCCUGUGACUGGGAGACAGGAACCAUACUAUGCACCAUGGAAGCGUAACUUGUUCCGCUACUUCAUUAGCUGGCCAAUUAUCUUUCUGUGUUUAUGUGUGGUUUUUGUUGUUAUGCUGCUAAUCUUCCAGCUACAGGAGUGGAUUAACAGCCUGGUAGCCAAGGCUGAUAUCCCUGGCUUCUGUACAUUCCUGCCAAAGAUCCUGCUGGCUGUUUCCAUUGGUAUCCUGGAUGAGGUCUACAAGAAAAUUGCUUACUGGCUCAACCACAUAGAAAAUUACCGGAUGGCUGAAACCUAUGAAAAUCACCUGAUAAUAAAAUUAGUGUUGUUUCAGUUUGUGAACUCCUUCCUGUCGCUGUUUUAUAUAGCAUUCUACCUACAGGACAUGGACCGCCUAAGAGAUCAACUUGCAGCCAUCUUGAUAACCCGUCAGGUGAUUGGAAACAUCAAAGAAGCAUUGUUGCCUUAUCUCUUGUGGAAAGUCAAACUUUACAAGGUCGGGUAUGAAAUGAUCUAUGAUACAACAGCUUCAGCCCCAACAGACAUCACACACCAUAUCGAGUCAGUAGGAGGCAGUGAGGGAGAACUCAGAGAAAGGAGAACAACUGAGGAUAAAAAGGAAUUAAACAAUUCUGGAAAAAGUGAAGUAACAGGACAACACCGGAAACCAUCAUUGACGCAAGCAGAGGUGGAAAGUACCAUGAACAAGUAUGAGGAUACAUUUGAAGAUUUCCUUGAGAUGUUUAUACAGUUUGGCUAUGUAACGCUGUUUUCGUCGGCAUUCCCUCUUGCUGCUCUCUGUGCUCUCAUGAAUAACAUCAUGGAGAUCAGAAGUGAUGCCUUCAAGUUGUGUAUGAACCAUCAGAGGCCAUUUGGACAGCAAGUAGAGAACAUAGGAACAUGGCAAGAUGCUCUGGAACUCAUGGGUUUCAUCGCAGUCAUUGUAAACUGUGCUCUCAUUGGUAUAUCAGGUCAGGUGACUAGAAUGGUGCCCAGCUCCAGUGUAGUGUCGAUAAUCAUCAUCAUUGUGACAUUAGAGCAUAUCAUUCUUGCCCUCAAGUUCCUCAUAGCAUAUGCCAUUCCUGAUAUACCAGAAGCCAUAGCAACGAAAAAAGCCAAACUUGAAUUUUUACGACGACAAGCAUUAAAGAAACUCGAGUCCCAACUUUCAAAUUCUGUGUCACAGAGUCCCACUGACAAGGUUUGUCGACAGAAAUCACGGUCAGAAAGCAAUGGACAUACCAGACAGAUUGGUCAGCCUGAGGGAUUCAACCGGAAUUAUUACCAAACAGUGACUGUAAAUGCAUCACCUCCUUUCAAGAAGAAUCUGGGGGAAGUGCAUCUCUCCUCAUUCCCAGAGGGACCAACCACUGAAGCCUCACAAGCAGGACACUCCCCAAAUAUCAUCGGUUCUGCUUUGACAAACAUACCAGACCUAAAGCUUGGCACAGCUUCCCUAAAGACAGGUCAAAAUAUCUGUACUAUAAAGACACCACUGGGUAAACCAACAUCCACAUAUGUGUCCAAAGUGAUCAUCGCACCAAAACGGAGCGCAUCAUCCAACACGCCAGAGAUAUUACAAGCUUCUCCAGGGGAGAGUAGUAGACAGUCCCCAGCCCGGGACUUACUUCCUUCCUAUAUACCACCCCAACCAUACAGAAGCUUGUCAACAAGUCCGUCACACAGGGCCAAUAGCCCUGAUGGGGACUUUAAACCAAAACGAACAUCAUCUCCUCAGCGACCAAUGUCCCCAAAAAUGUGUAUUGAUUCGAAAAUUCCUGUUCGGAUUUCUGAUGCAGGGAAUUCUGGGUGAACAGGAAGGAGUUGUUGAUCAUUUUCAUUUGAUGUACAUACGUUGAUAUUCUAAUUCAUAAAACCUUUGUGCUUAUCACUGUUUGAUACAGCUAUGGGCAGAGUAUGUAUCUACAUUAGAUAAUUGUAUGGUGUAGUGUUAAUGGGUUUGAUGGUGCUACCACACUAUGUGCAAUAUUUUUAAUGCACUAUGUAUUCACUGAAAGAUAUUUUUCCCAGGGAAUCAAGAUCAUACUAGUUAUUCAGGAUGUCAAUGGAAAAGGCUUUGGCAGUUCUCAUUUUAUAUCUCCAUUUCUGGUGGUAACCUUCCCGAAUUGUUGACUCCAAGUAGUAGCUUUGCACUGUGUUGACCCCUGGUGGUAAUCUUCCAAAUGUUUUAUGUCCCAGUUUGUCAAUAUUUUACACUAUCAGCAAUCUAGUUGAGGGUUUAGUAUGAUUGUACUAGCUUUUGCUUAAGGGUGAGAAUAUUUUGUUAACAUUUAAGUCAGCUUUGUAAACACAAAUUGCUGAAUCAUGCUGCUUAAUCUGAAACUGAUUGAUCAUUUCAAAUGCACAGAAUCCUGAAUUUCAAGUUUGACUUUUCCUAACUUGUCUCUCAAUUUUAGUUUCGAUGAUGAGGGACGUUUAUAUGCCACAUUUCGUUUAUUGCUAUUCCAUAUACAUGCUGUGAUACAGCUGUGGAUGGUGUUAACAUUUUGGAGAGUUCCAUCAUCAUUUUUACAUAUUAUCUCUUGUUUUAAUACUGUAUGUUUAGUUAUUACUAGGCUGUUUUAAAUGGUGUUGUAUGUAUGAAUAAGUAUGUAAUACUUAUUCACUAUUUUAAGUUUUGGUACAAUUUUGUUACAGACAUAUUUUAAUUAUCAGAACUAGUAUGUGAGAUUUGUAUCUCAUUAUUUACUAUCACAGGGUAGGUGAUGUUUGGUAAUUGGCUAGUCAUAUUUGUGUUUGGUAUUGUGCUAUUUUAUUUUCCCAGUAAGAUUUUAUAAGUAGGUUACCCCUAUGUCUGCAGUGACACUUUUGUUUAACUAUAGGUUCCUGUUUACAAUUUGACAUGUGUAUUUUAGGUUGUGUAUGCGAGAUGAAAAUUGAUACCUGUACUUGUCUAUUGGCCUUUGGUAUGCAAAUUGACAAUAGAUAUUUUUAUGUUGGUCAGUUGUUGGCGAGUGGAGAGAGCUGAUUCAGAUUACGAUAUCAUUGUUUCCCCAUUCUGUUGGUGCUAAUUGUAUUUUUACUCCAAAGUGUGUGCAAUAAAAUCAGACAUUGCUCUUUAAUACUCCUCUGAAUCAUCUUAUACAAACUAAGUGUAAUAUAUAUGGUCCAGUAUUGUUCAUAUCUUCUGUUUAUUUGUUAUUACUUUAAUUUUAGUGUUUUGUUGAGAUUUUUGAGUAUUAGAGUCAUUGUUUAAAGCCCUUUUCAUUUAUGAUACAUAUCUUCCAUUAUACAUGCAUCAGUUACAUAAAACAGCAUUUUGUUUGUCCAUAUUUUAAUUGAAUAAUAAUUGAGAAUUCCUUAUUGAUAUGACCAGACUAAUAUUACAGCUUCAGUAGUGAUUCUUCAAACUUGCUGGAAGUGUUUUAAGAUAGAUAACUUAUUAUGUUACAGCAGAUUUCUACUUCCUGGUACCAGGUAGUUCAGAAUAAAAACAAAGGAAUGCAUUUUUCAAGUUAAGAAAUGACAGAUGGCGAUUCUCACCUGGGUAGAGGAAGAUAGAUGCCUCAAUGGCCAGAAAAUAAACAAAACUUAUUUAUCAUUAUUUUUUCAAAAGAAGAAGAUUGCAAAAUUGUUGCAUUUUGAUGCAAUUCAUAAAAUCUUAUUCUUUUUGACAUUAAAUGUAUUGAAAUUUAGUUACUAAUUGUAAAGCUUUUAAAUCGUACAGAACCUAAACUUGCACUAGUGCACAAUCAUCGAGAUUUCUAAUGGCUGGCUUCAUUGUCUUAGAGAUUAAGACUGACUUUUUCUAUUGCCCAGCUUCAUUGUCUUGAACAUUCUAUGAACAUUUCUGUCACUGUAAUAUCUCUGUUCUGUACAGUGGAUCCCUUGGGUAGUCCAAGUCAUAUUGAUUCUAUGUAUAAAUUUUGCACCAAUAUAAUAUUUGUUAAUUUUCCAAACGUUAUUAAGGUGUCUGGUUACUUUUCAUGUUUUAUGUCAUAUUUGUUUCCAAAUAAAU